UUUUCUCUGUCAAAGAGGUAAAAAAAACCCAUUGUCUCUUCUCGAUUGAGGUUUCUCUUGCUCUUCCCUGAAUCGCGUCCGUCGUUGAGAGAGAUGUGUCCUCGAGCAGCUCAAACAUGCGAAAUCUGCAAGAACGUUGUAUCCAAGUACAAGUGUCCUUCUUGUCUUCUUCCUUACUGUUCAUUGGCUUGUUUCAAGACACAUAAAGAGACUCCAUGUGCUAAACCUUCUUCAACAGAGGAAAAUCCAGCAGCUUCUCCAGCAAAGGAAGUCCCGGUGGAAAGAUCCGUAGUUGUUGAGGAAGCUAAUGAUGUUGUAGAAAAGACACAGCAUAAGGCUAGUGCUGCAUCUCCUGCCAAGGAGAUUCCGGUAGCAAGACCGUUACAUGUAGAGGAAGAAAAGUUUGUUUUAGAGAAGGCACAGCUCGAGGCUAUUGCUUCUUCUAGUGAAAUCCGAGAAGCUCUAAAGGAUGAAGCCCUUCAGAAACUCAUCUACAAUAUUGAUAGCUCUUCCAACCCAUUACAGGAACUCGAUGAAGCGAUGCGGGUAGAAGCAUUCCGCGAAUUCACAGACAAGAUUCUAUCAAACAUUUCCAAGAGUAAAUGACAAGCAGUGAUCGAAGUCUCUUCAGAACAUAAGUUCCACAAGUAUUCUUGCUUAGUGUGUUUGUUACAAUUCAAGUGAAAUGUUUAUGGGCUAUAAAAAACGACUUCACCGUUUUGGUGUAUCUAACAUCUCUUCUGUGGCGUACCUUGCAACAUGUAUAUAUUAACUUCCCUAGAUUCUACAUUCCAGAUAGUGACAUUUACAGAAGCAGGGGGAGAGAACUAAAAAAAGCACUCACUUCAACCUUAGAAAGACAGACAAAAUCUUCAUGCUAGCUCACUGGUUAUUUAUAUUCGCAAUAAUGAUUUGCUUGGAGAAUUGGUCCUUUUAGCUCUACAACAUCAACCUGAAAACAAUGGAGGUGCAUUUGUCAGAAUUUUUACCAUAACUUAUCUCGCAAGAAAAUGGAUCUUGUGAGCAUCAGGAGGUGGUUGUUGCAACUGGUGGAGACCAAACAAACUGGCUAUAGGGACUCAUGUAAGUCCAAAAUCGAGGCUGGUUCAACAAUGGGGUACACGCUGCAGACUUGGUAAAUGGACUCUGGAUGAGUCAGAAGCUUUGGUGUGUUGGAAAAGGGCAGUGCCGUGCUGGAUAUGAUGUAAGUAUCUGAUAUAGGUAAAAAUAUGUCGUUUACCCACAAAGCUCCAAGGGAAACACCCAGAAACCAGAUUCGUUGAUUUGCGAGUUAGAAACCCUUAAUAGUGGUGGGUCACAUUGCUUGAAUAUUUUCUUCUCCAUUGUCUGAUUCCAUUUGAUUUUGUGCUUAGAUAAGCUCCAUAUCUGUCUCUACCUGGAAAUGAGUGUCUUCGUGCGUGCUGUGACUUUUGGUAUAUUCCCAAAUGACGUCAACAACUCCAUUGAUCACACUCUCAUAGCUCCCACAUGUACGUGUUAACAAGAAACAUCAGAAAAAUAUAUACUAUAAUAAUAGUGAGAUUUUUGUAUCAACCUUAGGAAACAAACAGACUUCUUCUCACACCAUCCUCUCUGCAAUAUCAAUAAAAUAGUUAGCCAUUUUCGCGUUA